AUGGCCGCCUCGCUGAAUGCGGGGUUCAACACUCCUCUGGGCAACAUUAACUUCGGCCUCUCGCAGUCGUCCUCGAACGCCAACAGCAUCGGCCUCGGCGGCGGAGGUGGGGGUGGCGUCGGGGGUGGCUUCGGUGGCUCCACCGCGGGCGCUAACGCUGGGGCCGGCGGCGCCAGUGCCGGCGGUCAAGGCGCCGGAGGAGGUUUCGGCGGCCAGGGCUUCGGUGGCCAAGGUUUCGGUGGCCAAGGCUUCGGCGGCCAAGGUUUCGGCGGCCAAGGUUUCGGCGGCCAAGGUUUCGGCGGACAAGGUUUCGGCGGACAAGGUUUCGGCGGCCAAGGUUUCGGCGGCCAAGGUUUCGGCGGCCAGGGCGGUUUUGGAGGCUCUCGCCCCGGUGGCUUCGGCGGCCCCGGAGGGUUUGGAGGUUCUCGCCCUGGCGGCUUCGGCGGUCCUGGCGGCUUCGGCGGCCAAGGGAUCGGACAAAGUCAUGGACAGCGACACAAGCGGCAGUUCGGGUUCUCUGGGAGCAGCGCCAACGCGCAGUCGCACUCUGGUUCCGGCGGAUUUUUUGGUGGAGGCCUAGGUGGCCUCGGUGCUAGUGGAGCUAACGCAGGGGCCAGCAGCUUCGGCAGCGGCUUCGGCGGUCUCGGCGGCAACCUCGGUGGAGGCCUCGCUUCUAGUGGCGCUAACGCAGGGGCCAGCAGCUUCGGCGGCGGCUUCGGCGGCCUCGGUGGAGGCCUUGGUGCCAGCGGAGCGAACGCAGGAGCCAGCAGCUUCGGCGGCGGCCUCGGUGGCCUCGGCGGCUUUGGUGGCCUCGGUGGCUUCGGUGGAUUUGGCGGCCUUGGCGGCCUUGCAGGCCUCGGCAGCGGCCUUGGAGUGAGCGGGGCGAACGCAGGGGCCGGCAGCUUCGGUGCUGGUGGCACACAUCACGGCGUCGGCGGAGGCCUCAGCGCGUCUCAGGCCGCGUCCCAUGCCGCGUCCGGUGCUGGUGGCGUUGGUGUAGGCCCCACCGUCGGCGGCGGCCUCAGCGGAUCCCAGGCCUCUGCCAACGCCGGGUCCAUUGGCGGCGGCAUUGGAGGUGGCGCAGGUGGCGCCGGAGGCCUCAGUGGAUCCCUAGCGAAUGCCCAGUCUGGUGCCGGUAGCAUCGGCGGCGGUGUCGGGUUAGGGGGUGGGGUAAGCGGAUCUCAAGCAGCUGCCAACGCUGGGUCCAUUGGCGGUGGCAUCGGAGGAGGACACGGAUUCGGCGGCGGUCUAAGUGGAUCUCAAGCCUCUGCCAACGCUGGGUCCAUUGGCGGCGGUAUCGGAGGUGGUGCUGGUGGUGCAGGAGGCCUCAGCGGUUCUCUGGCCAAUGCCCAGUCUGGUGCCGGCAGCAUCGGGGGUGGUGUUGGUUUAGGGGGUGGCGUUACCGGAUCGCAGGCCGCUGCCAACGCUGGAUCCCUUGGCGGUGGUAUCGGAGGUGGACACGGAUUCGGUGGGGGACUCAGCGGAUCUCAAGCCUCUGCUAACGCUGGUUCCAUUGGCGGCGGCAUUGGAGGCGGUGCUGGUGGUGCAGGAGGCCUCAGCGGUUCCCUGGCCAACGCCCAGUCAGGUGCCGGCAGCAUCGGGGGUGGAGUUGGUUUAGGGGGCGGUGUUAGUGGAUCGCAGGCCGCUGCCAACGCGGGAUCCCUUAGCGGGGGUUUCGGGGGCGGACAAGGAUUCGGCGGCGGCCUCAGCGGAUCUCAGGCCUCAGCUAACGCAGGAUCCUUAAGUGGUGGUUUCGGGGGUGGACACGGUUUCGGCGGCGGCCUCAGUGGAUCUCAGGCCUCUGCCAACGCUGGAUCCCUAAGCGGCGGAUUUGGAGGCGGCCACGGUUUCGGCGGCGGCCUCAGCGGAUCCCAGGCCUCUGCCAGCGCUGGAUCUGUAGCGGGUGGUGCCGGCUUUGGUCGGUAA